GAGGACGCACCACCCUACUACCCUAUCACAGCUCUGCUAAAAUCCUGAAUUUCUCCAUUGUUGCUUUCUCUUUAGCCAUGGGCGAGAAAACAAUAGAUAGUUUCAAAGGACCCAGGAAGUUGGCUCCAAAUAACGGGAUUUGUUCUAGAAUAUUCCUAUCUCUAUGAAUCUCACAUGUUGCGGGUAUUUUUUUCCGCUUUCUAAGGAAGCUUCUCAAUGGUUAAGGAAAGUCGCUUACGGAGAAGCAUCCUUGUACCUUCUCAUUGGUGGCUUGUUAUCUUGCUUUUCUUAUUGGCUGUGGACAGAGAAGGGGGCGAGGGGAGGCAGACGGAGGAAUCCUGUUUUGAUUGGACGCUUGGGAGUUGGUCGGCUUCUGAGACUGGGGGCGAAGGAACGAUAGGUUUUGCGCUAUUCUGCGCGUGCGCACGAAAUGAGCAAAGGUGGCCGUCUGUUGAUUAGUUACGUGGGGCGCCUCGCUCUGUGCUGUUUGGGUCCUCUCGGCUUUCGUAGUUCUGGCCAAACUCGAACGUCUUUUCGUGCCAUGGAUUUGGGGCCCCUUCGGAAGAGCUAUAGGGAAGAUGAGGAGGCCUUUGAGGAAAAACACCUCACCUCUUUGGAUCCCAUUAAACAAUUCUCUGUAUGGUUUGAAGAGGCUAUGAGGUGCCCCUCCAUUGGAGAAGUCAACGCCAUGUGCUUGGCCACUUCUACCAGGGAUGGAAGACCUUCUGCUCGGAUGCUGCUUCUGAAGGGGUUUAGCCAGGCUGGCUUUCGCUUCUUCACCAACCAUGAGAGUCGGAAAGGAAGGGAACUGGACUCCAACCCUUUUGCCUCAAUUGUUUUCUAUUGGGAGCCACUCAAUCGCCAGGUGCGAAUUGAAGGCUCUGUGGAGAAGCUCCCUAUAGAUGAAUCCGAGAAGUACUUUCAUUCACGACCAAAGAGCAGCCAGAUUGGAGCUGUCGUCAGUCGACAAAGCACUGUGAUUUUGGACAGGGAGUAUUUAAGGAAGAAGAAUGCACAGCUAGAAGAGGUUUACCGGGAGGCCAAGGUGCCUAUGCCAGAGUACUGGGGAGGCUAUAUCUUGAAGCCAGAGGUCAUAGAGUUCUGGCAAGGUCAAACAAACCGUUUGCACGACCGCAUAGUCUUCCGGCACCUUCAGGACAGCAGCGUGCCCUUGGGGCCUAUGGCGCACAAAGGGGAAGGCAACUGGGUAUACGAAAGACUCUCUCCUUGAAAAGCUUUGGGAGUCAUCCUAUUUACACCAUCUCUGGAAUAUCUGUGCCAAAAUCUGUGUGUACCCCACAUGCUCCUAAGACUGAGCAGACAAAGAGCCAGUGGACAGUGCUGGACCAGUGAGACCUGGAUUCGAAUCCCUGCCCAGCCAUGAUUGACCUUGGACCCCAUCAGUAACAGGACAAUGGUGAUGAUAGUGGAAGAUAAACCCUGAGCUCGUUGGAGGAAAAGCAGGAUAUAAAUGUUUUGGGGCAUAACCAUGCUAUAGAUCUUAAUCUACAGUACUUCUAAAACCUGGCUGUCAUGCCUCCCAACCCAUGUUUAGUGACAAUUACAGAAUUCUCAACACCUUCCUAAGACACUGCUUCCCAGAACCUUAAGGUGGGCACAGUUUCAGACUAAUUUGAUUUGGUAGUCUGAUUUAUCUCAGGUGGUUUUGCUUGGAAAUGGAGCAGAUAGGUUUCAAUUUGAUCUCCUUCAGCCCAGUAAAGUCAGCAAGACCAGAACUGCACUGAGGUAACAGAACUUCUGUAACAAAAAUAUGCAGAUGAAGCACAUUGGCAUAUAUUCCCAUUUAGCAUAACUCUGCUACCAAGCUCUAGAUUUAAAAGGAUUUGUGAACUUUGGAAACAAGAGAUGUGGAGGGAGAGUGGAAGGUAGGGUGGGGAUGGACCAUCAUCUUGCAAAUGUUGCAAAACCUUCGAAAUAAUAAUUUGGGUAAGCAAGGAGACCCUUGAUAUCUCUAUUCACAUGCUGUGUUCUACACUUGUACAAUGAAUGUACAGUGUAUACAGUACAGAUCUGUACACAGGUAUAGGAGACCUGUGUAUAGGAGACAGUUUAGUGGAUCGAGGUUUCAUGUAUCCACAGAUGGUCUUAGAGACCCAGUUUCUUUAUCUGUGGCAUGAAAUAUAGGCAAUUUUUGCCUAUCUAUGUUUCCUGAGUGUUUGGGAAUUACAUAUGAUAAUCAUUUCUGACUGCCAUUUUGAAGCACAGAGCCAUUCUUUAGCUUUUUAAAAAUUAAAAAGGAUUUGGGGAGCAUACCUGGAGAACAAAGUGCUGUGCUUCUCUGCCCUUAUUUCUGCUCCCUCCCUGGUUUUUUUAAUUAGUUUUUUUAAGCUCAAGCAACCUAACCACCUCACACACACCCAAUCCCCAUAGAUUUGAAGUUUCUUUAUUCAGUUUCGUUAUUCAUGGAAAUUGGUGGGAACAGAACCGCCAUGAAUAACGAGGGUCACCUGCACAGUUAUUUACACAUUAUGUUGAACAAAGAUGCAGUAGUACACUUCCUAUCUACCUGCAUUUGAGGGGCCUGUACCUAGGCUCAUGUUUAAAAUGAGUGCAGGUACAGUCAUUCACACAAACAUGUAUGGACAUCUGUACGCUUGUGCACCAUAAUGUCUGAAUAGAGCUGAUACCUUAAGGGGAAUAUGAUUUAGGCUUAUAAAACUAUGCAUGGCAUCAAAAGAAGAUAGCAAGAAGUUCUUCACUCUCAACAUUAGAACUUGUGACCAUCCAAUAAAAUUGAUUGGCAGGAGAGUCAGGGCAGAGAAGGGCAAGUAUUUAUUUGCUGUAUUGUAUUAAUUCACUGCCAUAGGCUGUGGUGAUGGCCUUAAAAAUGGACUAGACAGAUUAAUGGGGGAGAUGUUUAUGUGGAACUUCCAUGUUUUUGAAGCACUGUACUUCUAACUUCCAGCUGUGGAGAAAGCAACAGGAUGAGGCAGGAUGCUGGACCGGAUGGGCCUUGGUCUGAUCUGGCAGGGCUUUGCUUAUGCUCUUUGCUUAACAGCAGAGGAGGGGUGUGGCCUUCAGGCCUUGCUUGUGGGCUUCCAGAGGCAUCUGAUUGGCACUGUGUGAAACAGGAUCCUGGGCUAGAUGAGCCCUUCAGCUGAUCCAGCAAGGCUCUUUGUGUGGUGUAGUGUCUGGGCUGUAAACUCAGGAACCAGAAAAUAGCAGCGAGUGGGCAAUACCAGGCAGCUGAUGGCUUGAAAGCUGUCAUUCAUUUUCACUUCUCUGGACACUGCCCCAUGUCUCUAUGCCAUAAGAGCUAGAAAUACACUCUUUAAACAAAAAAAAUCAAAGAUGUGCAAGGUGCUGAAGUCUGACCUAGAUAAGCUGUUGCUGUGCUUGCCUGACAGUCCUAGGAGCACAAAUAAUACAUCAAGCCCCACAAUCAUUUUUAACCUGAAAUCCCUCCUGCUCCUGUAUUGAAGUGUGUGUCUCUCUCCCUGUGUGACAACCAUUACAUGUGCUUAUGUAGAGUGAGUUUUCAGAUCCCUUCCAUGCCCAUUGGAAGUGCAGUUGUACAUCCCUGAUGCUAGUGGAUGAGAUGUGCUUUUGUGCUGUGUUAAUAGGAUGUUCAAAUGCUGGAUACAGUCCUAACAAUUCCUGUUUUUCUCUGUCUGGCCAAUCUGGCAUCUGUGUGUGGCUAUGUACAGAGUCAGUGCUUGUGUACAUUUGGACAAUAAAGGUCCAGCCUGGUGACUGAUA